CUGGCCACAGCUGCUCACAAACCAGACGGCAAGGUCAAGAGGAGCAGCACAGUAAGAUGUGGAAGAGAAUUGACCAUCAACCCAAAAUCAAAGCAGGGGAUGGACCUCAGGCAGCCCAGCUCAAAGAACUGGGUGCAGCUCAGGAACCUGCCAUGUCACACGCUCUAGAGCUGUCAGAAUUCCAGAGCUUUCCUGUGUUUGAAGACAUUAGCCAUCACGUCAAAGAAGAGGGGGCCCAACUGGUAAAGAAAGUCAAUGCCAUCUUUCAGCUGGACAUCACCAAAGAUGGGAAGACCAUUCUGCAGUGGACCAUCGAUCUGAAGAAUGGUUCUGGGGACAUGUAUCCAGGACCUGCCAGGCUCCCAGCAGACACUAUCUUCACAAUCCCAGAACCCAUCUUUAUGGAGUUGGUUUUGGGCAAAAUGAACCCUCAGAAGGCUUUCCUUGCUGGCAAGUUCAAAGUGAGUGGCAAAGUUCUGCUUGGUCAGAAGCUGGAGAGGGUUUUCAAAGACUGGGCUAAAUUUUAAGCAUGUAAAAUAACAAGGAAAUGAUCAGAACUUCUCUCCGAUUAUGUUGAGCAGAAAUCAUGCUUGAACUGAAGAUUAAAGCAAAAGUAUCCAUUAUUUUUACUCAAAUGCUUCCUAUUCAAGUUUGAUUAAUUUUCAUGCUGAUGUGUUCAUUUUUAGUGAGGGUUCUAGAGCAGUAAAGAGUGUUGGAGUACAUCA